AUGUCAGCUAAAGUUGCGAUUCAGAAGUUCUCCUUCCCCUUCUCCUGUGCUGCACGACUCUCUCAGCAAGAUGAGGUGACCCAGGAGGGACGCGUUCAGGUGAGGGCCCUGGAGCUGCAUGACCUCCAGGAGAAUCGGAUAUUAAGCGUAGCGAGCCCCGGUGCUGUUAUUGGAGCUCUGGGACAAAAUGAGAAGCAGGCCCAGGGGAGUCCAAAGCCUCCUCCUCCUCCUCCUCCUCCUCCUCCAGGGGUCGCAGAUGCCUCCCAGAGCGCCGUGAUCUCCAGGCCCAGCGCGUUUGAGAAACUGACGGUUGAGAGUGAAGAUCAGCGUCCAGCGGCAAAGAGACAGCUGUCGUCCGAGAGCGCUGCCAGGACCAUCACCGUGGUGAAGAAGAGCGCGGUGAGGAAGGAGGCGGAGGAACCAAAGGGGUACCUGAAGCAGAAGGCACACCUGGGACAGAGGGCGUCUCCGUGCACGGCGGCGGCGGCGGGGAAGAGGAGGCGUCGGAAGGACCUGUUCACCAACUCUGAGGUGUUCCACAGGGUCGACUCACAUGUCAUCAGGGCCGGAGCAGAGCUGAAGGAAAAGUGUGUGUAUGAUGUGAAAACGAUAGUGCAGAGCAUCAUACGAGGAGCCAGAAAUGAGCUGGAGAGGCUUCGUGCCAUCUGGGUCUGGCUGUGCCACAACAUCGAGUAUGAUGUGAGCGGGUACCUCGGCCGCUCAGAGAAGCUGAGCUCCCCCGAGGAGGUGAUCGCCGCCGGUCGGGGUGUGUGCUGCGGCUACUCCAGCCUCUGUACUGAGAUGUGCAGAGAGGUGGGCAUCGAGUGCCAAGAAGUGCCGGGCCACAGUAAGGGAAUCGGGUACCUUCAGGGCCAGAGCCUCCAGAAUGUGAAAUCGGAUCACUUGUGGAACUGUGUGCUUCUGGGGGGACAGUGGUUCCUGCUGGACGCCUGUUGGGGAGCCGGACGAGUAGACGUGGAACACGAAAGCUUCGUCAAAAGGUUCGACGAAUUCUAUUUCCUAACGGACCCGGAGGAGUUCAUAGAGUCGCACUUCCCCGAUGAGGAGAGGUGGCAGCUCCUGGAGGCGCCCAUCCCCCCGGAGGAGUUUGAGAGGAGGGUCUUCAAGACCUCGGCCUUCUUCACCAUGGGGCUCAGGCUGAUUCAGCCUCACCACUUUCACAUCGUUACAGAUGAUGGCGAGGCGAACAUGUCCCUCAGCUUCUCCAGGCCAGCGACCUUCACCUAUGAGAUCACCCAGCACCAGGACCUUCUACACAGUGGAGCUCGGGAGCAGAAGGAAUCCAUCAACUCCUCCUUUGGCCUCCUCACGGUUUCCCAUCGGAGCAUGAAGCUGCAGCUGCUGCCGCCUGCGAGCGGCGUGUACGACGUCAAGGUGUUUGCCCGGCCCGAAGCCGCCGACACGCCUCUGAUUUGGGUCUGCUCCUUCACGGUCGCGUGUCCGAUCCCCAGGGCCAUGGAGGAGAUCCCGGAGAACCCCUUCGUGUCUUGGGGCCUUCGGCCUGUUGCGGAAUCUCUGGGCGUCGCGGGCAGCAGUCAGGGCAGCAAGGCCGCCGAGGUGGAAGAGGGCGUAUUCCAGUUGGCGUUGAAGACGUCCAGGCCUCUGACGGCGCUGUGUGAACUGGUCCACCCGGGUCUGGAAGCCGCUGUGUCAAAACGCUGCCUUGCGAUCCAGAUCCAGCCGGAUGUCCUGACCUGCCACGCCCUUUGCCCCCUGCGCGGCUUCUACCGGCUGUCGGUGUUCGUGCGAGACUACGAGAAAACAGAAGCCAAGUUCCAGAACGCCGGAAACUUCCUGUUGCACUGCAAAGGGAAGGUGGUCGGUCCGGAUGAGCUCUACCCUCCCAACCUGGGCUCGGCGUGCGGGCCGGGGACGCGCACCUUAGAGGCGGGGCUGUCCAAAUUCAGCCACACGACAGCGCUGGUGAGCACCCAGCAGGGCAAGUGCAACAUCACCUUCCACAACCAGCGGGACCUGGAGCUCCACACGGUGCUCAGCAGAGACGAGAACGAACCGGCCGCCGUCCCGCUGUCACGGCAACUCUUCUGCACAUACACAGACAGCAAGGUGACGGUGAGCGUCAGCCUGCCCGAGGCCGGGGUGUACCGGCUGGCUCUGUACGCUAAGAUCACCCCCGGUGGAGAUUUCAGCCCCAUGUGUGACUUUGUUCUGAGGAACAGCUGCGAUCAGCGGGGACCCCCGUUCCCCGGCGUCUACUCCGCCUGGAGGAAAGGCUUCGUGCUCUUUGAGCCUCGCGUGGGCCUGCUGGAGCCCCUCGCGUGGGUCCGCUUCAGGGUGAGGGUCCCCGGGGCCCAGAGGGUGAGCGUGAUGGGAGAGACGCGGACUGAUCUGAAAAUGAACAAGAGCCGAGUCUGGGAGGGCGAGGUGUUCAGUGGAAACGGUCUCCAACAGCUGAAACUGGCCGCCGGUUCGGGGGAGUCCGGCGACAUGGCCGUUUUAUUGACCUUUGACAUCAAGCAGAUGGAAGGAGAAGUGUGA